AUGUCGACUCCUUAUCAGGUCCAUACGAGUCGCCCCGCUGUGGCCAAUACGGCAAGGCGAACUUUCUUCAGUCGCUCUCGUCAGAGGAUGGCCCACAACCUCGAGGAUCACUUCGAUCUGGCUGAAUACAUGAUGAAAAUGCACAACCCCAUGUCGGAGUAUCUCUACUGGAUCGCUGGCUUCGUCAGUGGCCUCCACGGCAUUCUACCCUUACUACAUUCUAACUACUACUUCAGCGGUAUGUUCUUGCCAAGGGAUAACGACAACACCCAGCUGUGUGAUGACUCUUGGUAG